ACAACGCGGAAGUUGCCUAACUAAAACACGUUGACCCAAGUUGUCAAUCAAACUGCUGCAAACCUUCCAACAGCUUCAGUCUCUCAUGAAUCUCUGAAUCCGGGUUUUUAUGUCCGGGGCUCGUUGUUGUGCAUGAUUUCAGCCCGCAGCAGGAAAUGCAGUUUUUUAAUCUGCCAGAUCUCAGUCAGGAAGGAAGCAUUUGUACUGCAAAACCUGCAGUCCUGAGCUAAGCCAUUUUUAUUUAUUUUCAUAUUAAACUGCCUGUUUUUGGAAAUGAAAACGACGUCGUGGUUGUUGUUGUUGUUGUUGCACGUCAGCUGGUGCUGCUGGUUAGUCGGUGCCACACUUUCAAAGACGGACGCAAAGAAGUCACAUAAAGCUGAAUCUGAGAGUUCUCAAGCAGAGUUGUCAGUGGUGGAGAGAGGUCUUGUGGUGUCAGACCUUCACUGGAAAGACAUAGUGAAGGAGGAAAAGAGACACAAUGUUCAUAUAAAGAAAACCUUUCAAGGACCAGUGCUCGGAUAUGUCACACCUUGGAAUUCACACGGCUAUGACAUCACCAAGAUUUUUGGCUCCAAACUCACUUCAGUAUCUCCGGUGUGGCUUCAGCUUCGCCGCAGAGGACCUGAAACUUUCGAUGUUACGGGACUCCAUGACCAUGACCCAGGCUGGGUCAAAGCUGUGCGCAAGUCUAACAAAAAAAUCAGAAUGGUACCUCGGCUGUUAUUUGAUGGCUGGUCCUAUCAGGAUUACAUGACCGUGUUGGGGAGUGAAGAUGAGAUUGAGGAGCUGGGAAGUGAGCUGGUGGAUGUUGCAAAGACUGAAGGUUUCGAUGGUUUCACCUUGGAGCUUUGGAGCCAGCUGGGUGGCAACAAAAGGAAGGAGCUGGUGCAUUUGGUGAAACACGUAUGUGAAACUUUGAAGGCCAAAAAAUUAGACUGCAUUCUUGUUAUUCCGCCAGCUGUGACAAGUACGGGGCAGCCAGGUAUGUUUGGCAGGGAGGAGUUUGAACAGCUGGCUCCAGUCGUCGAUGGAUUCAGCCUCAUGACGUAUGACUACUCCAGCGGUACCAGUCCGGGCCCAAGCGCUCCCCUGUCCUGGGUGAGAGACUGUGUUCUCCAGCUUGCGCCUAACACUCAGUGGAGACAAAAGAUCCUGCUUGGACUCAACUUGUACGGCCUUGAUUUUGCAAGCUCGGGCACAGAGCCUAUCUUAGGGGGAAGAUACAUCGAAAUUUUGCGGGAAAACAGACCAAAACUUCUAUGGGAUGAAUUUUCUGCAGAGCAUCAUUUCAGUUACAAGAGGAACAAUGCUGUUAAGCAUGUGGUGUACUAUCCAUCUUUGAAGUCCAUCUACCUGAGGAUCUCUUUAGCCUCUGAACUGGGUACUGGAAUUUCCUUAUGGGAGUUAGGACAAGGACUGGAUUACUUCUAUGAUCUCCUAUGAGAGCUGGACUUGUUUAAGAAGAAGACUGGGAACCUU